GGAUGUGUUGGAAAGAGUCAUUUCAGCACCCAGUUUGCCUUGGACAGCAGCAGCUUAGGAGCCCUGCCAGCUUUUGCAGGAGCUUGCAAGGCUCUCUUUUUCUUUCUUUUUCCCUUCCUUUUUUCCUUAUUUCUCCUUCUGCUUUUUAAAAUAUUUUUGAAUUUUUUUUCUUUCUCUCGUAGUAACCCUUCCCACUUCUGCUUAUCAUCAGGCUCUCUCCGGAGUCUAACUCACAACACCUUCCUUACAGUUGCUUCUUGAUGGGACCAGUUUGAAGAGAACAGCAACUGGUAAAAUACUGUGAUUGAUUCAUGAGUUUAUUCUCAUGAAAUGAAAAUUCCUAUCUUUGCUGAAGUAUCCACUGAAUUAUAAUUUUAACUGAUUAUAACCUCAUCUGAUUCUUGAAAAUAAUUCUUCCAGUUUGGUCUGCUGACUUCACAAUGUCUGAAAUCAGAUUCAGCAAUCUUACUUGGGAUCAAAUCAAAACACUGCACCAAGUUUUAGAUGGAGUAACUCCGGUUCAUGGAAGAGGGAAUUUCCCCACACUGGAGGUGAAACCAAAAGAUGUCAUUCAUGUUGUGAAAAAUGAACUCAUAGAACAAGGAAUUAUUGUCAAAGAUACACGGUUAAAUGGUUCCACAGCAAGUUACGUACUUGCAAGCCAUAAUGGAAUCACCUAUAAGGAUCUGGACAUUAUUUUUGGUGUUGAACUUCCAAGUGAUCAAGAAUUUCAAAUUAUUAAGGAUACAGUUCUGGGCUGUCUACUUGACUUUUUACCAAAAGGUGUGAAAAAGGAAAAGAUCACCUCUAAGACCAUGAGAGAUGCUUACGUGCAGAAGAUGGUUAAAGUUUGCGAUCAGAGUGAUCGGUGGAGUCUCAUCUCGCUCUCAAAUAACACUGGUAAGAAUGUAGAGCUAAAAUUUGUGAAUUCACUCAGACGACAAUUUGAAUUUAGUGUAGAUUCCUUUCAAAUAGUUUUAGAUACUAUGUUAGACUUCUAUUGUGACAAAAAUGCCAAACUCAACAAAGAAUCCUACCCAGUUGUAGUGGCUGAAAGCAUGUAUGGAGACUUUCAAGAAGCAAUGACACAUUUGCGAUACAAGCUUAUAUCUACCAGAAAACCUGAAGAGAUUAGAGGUGGUGGCCUUCUGAAGUAUAGCAACUUACUGGUUCGUGAUUUCAAGCCAGCGUGUGAAACAGAAAUCAAGGUCCUGGAACGUUAUAUGUGUUCUAGAUUCUUCAUUGAUUUUCCUGAUGUAGUUGAACAACAAAAGAAAAUUGAAUCAUACCUCCGCAACCACUUCAUAGGUGAAGAAAAGAGCAAGUACAACUACCUUAUGACUUUGCAUGGAGUUGUGAGUGAUAGCACCGUUUGUCUCAUGGGACAUGAAAGAAGGCAGACACUCAAUAUGAUCACUCUUAUGGCUUUAAAAGUACUGGGAGAGCAGAAUAUUUUACCGAGCACAGACAAUGUAACUUGUUUCUAUCAGCCUGCUCCAUACUUAGCUCUUGAAAGAGGGUAUCAUACUUACUAUGUAACAUCUGGGCCACCACCUAUUUUCUUUCAGCCAUAUUACCCAGUGCACUUUUGUAUACCACACAAUAUGGUGUAAAAUUACAAAUAUAAUAGAGGCUUUGCUUUACUUAAACUCCUCUUAAAAGCAACUUUACAAAUUCUGUACAAUUGACCUAUUUUUUGCGUGAGUUUACCAUCUGUUUUCCAUUGUUACAACUUAAACGGUGAUAGUAAAUACAUUAAAACCUGUGAACUGUGUAGAUCAAGUUAUCUGUAUGGCUCACUUGAAAUAAUUUUAAUAAUUGCUGACUACUCAAGAUUUUUGAUUUUUGCAUUUGCUGUUGCAAAAACAGCAUCCAUGUAUCUUUGACUAAAAUAUAAAAGAAUA